AUGGGUCGACAGAAAAUUGAAAUCAAAAGAAUUGAGAAAGAAGAUGCAAGACAAGUUACCUUCUCUAAACGUAGAGGAGGUGUUUUUAAGAAGGCUCAUGAACUUUCUACCCUUUGUGGUGCUGAGAUUGCUAUCAUCGUAUUUUCACCCGCUGGAAAACCUUUUUCUUUCACUCAUCCUCACAAUAUCAUCGACCGCUACCUCUCUGGAAAUUCUCAUCCAACUCCACUUGUCACGGCUCAUCGUGAAGCCAAAAUUCGUGAACUCAACAGAGAGUAUACGAAGCACUUAGCAGGGGUGCAUGAGUUGGAACAGUUAAGUGAUGCUAUUGACAACCUCAAAAGUAAGGUUGCUGAUCGAGCGGAUGAAUUGUUGCUCACUUAA